AUGGCGGACAGGGAGGAAGAGGAAGGUGAUGAGGAGCAGGAAGCUUUCUCAAGCCACGGCCCUUGCUCGUCAGAUCUGACCAAUCAGCUGCUUCGGUUUGCUGACACCAUCAGCCGGGACGUCAUGCGAUAUUUUGGCUGUCGCCACGACGACCCGGACGCCUGUGACAUCUACAGCGACAAUGACCGCAUCUCCACAGCAACAAGCGGACGACGGCGUUACUAUGAUGACCUGGUUAGGAUGGCAACAGGAAGCCCGGAGUCCGUGUCUAGGGCUGGCAAUCACCAAGGACCGUGUGUUUCUGUUGCCGGGGGUGAUGGAAGUCUGGGUCCGUUGGCCGAGUUGUUUGACUGUGGGAUUGGGCCGAGCCAGGGACGAUGUCGUCCAAUGAACAAGAGACACCUCCCUCUCAGCUUCUGGAACGAGCCAAUCCCCUGCCUCCCUGUGGGCACACUCAUUAGUGCUGACAAUACACGCACACACCACAACACACACUCACAUGACAACACGACCUCACACGACAACACACACACACACCCGGACUUCAGUGACCUGCUUGCUUACUGGGACCCCAAUCCUGACCUCACUCACACACACACUGACCUCACACACACUGACCUCACACACACUGACCUCACACACACUGACCUCACACACACUGAC